UUGACACACACACACUGACACACACACAUUGACACAAACACAUUGACACACACACGUUGACACACACACAUUGACACACACACACUGACACACACACACACAUACUCACACGCACGCACCCACACACACCCACACACGCACACACACUCACACACACCCACACACACACUCACACACGCACUCACACACGCACACUCACGCAUACACACUCACACGCACUCACACACCCACCCACACUCACACACACGCACUCACACAUACCCACCCACACACGCAAACUCACACACACUCACACACACCCACGCACACACUCACACGCACUCACACCCACCCACACUCGCACUCACACUCACACACUUACACAUACCCACCCACACACGUAAACUCACACACACUCACGCAAUGUCGCUACUACCAGCACUCCACCACCAUCACCACUAUCACCACCACCAUCACCACCAUCACCACACCAUCAUUACACCGUCAUCACCAUUACCGCAUCACCAUCACCACGCCACCGUCACCAUCACCACGCCACCAUCUCCAUACCACCAUCAGCACACUCACAAUCAUCGCACCGUCGCGAUCUCUCUACGCCAUUACCACACCGAUACCAAAACGGCCACCAUCACCACACCGUCGUCACCACACCACCGUCACCACCAUCACCAUCAUCAUUACCACCAUCACCACUUGAGCAAAAUAACCAGCGUCACUACAUCACCACCCCAUGCACCUCCGCUUGUCAUGGUGGGCACUAUAGAAUGCGAACGUGGUUGCAACAUACAUCCAUCACUGCAAUCACCAUCACCCACACUACCAUCACCACCACCAUUAUCACCAUCAUCAACACCGCCAUCACCCACACUAUCACCACCAUCACCACCACCUUUACCACCACUAUCACCAUCAACACUGUCAUCAACCACACUAUCACCACCAUUACCACAAUCACCACCGCCAUCACCCACACUACCACCACCACGACCACGACCACUAUCGCCAUCACCACCACUACCACCAUCACCACCGCCAUCGCCCACACCACCACUACCACCACCACUGUCACCAUUACCACCAUUAACACCACGACCACCACCACUGUCACCACCACCACUAACACCAUCACCACUAUCACCACUAUCACCACUAUCACCACCACCGCCACUAUCACCACCGCCACCAUCACCACCAUCACCACCACCACUAUCACCACCACCACUAACACCACCACCACUAUCACCACUAUCACCACCAUCACCACCACCACCAUCACCACCACUAUCACCACCGCCACCGCCGGCUGGAGCUCCGUGGCUCCGCUGGAGCUCCGUGCUGUUCAGCGGCUUCCUCACCGAGCGGCCAAGUGGCCACCGCCGCUUCUUCGUGCUGCGUGGGGGCGACGGGACCGUAGCCCCCCUCCUCCAGUGCUACCGCAGCCCCCGGGAGAGCUGCCUGGCCUGGGGGGGCGGGGCGCCCCCACCCCCCGCCUCCUCCCGCUCCCCCACCCCGACCUGCCCGGCCCGCCUCGCCCGCCUCGCCCGCCUCGCCCGCCUGCUCCUCCGCCCGCCGCCCCGCGUCCUGCCCCUCGGCGGGCUAGGGGCGGCGGUGGAGCGCUCGGACGCGCGGGCCCCGUACGGCCUGGCGGUCUUCGCCGACGCGGGGUACCUCGCCCUGGCCGCCGACGACGAGGCCCAGAGACGGGCCUGGCUGGGGGCCCUGCGGGCUCACCUCCUGCCGGCGGCGGGCGGCGGGGCCGGGCCGCCGCUGGCCGCGUGGGAAGGGCGGCUGUGGAGCCGCCGCGGGGCGGCGGAGGUGCGUGCGGGGCCCUGCCGCGUCUACGUCCACGCCGGGAGCCUGCGCUUCGCGAGCCCCGCGACGGGGCCACUCGCAGACGCCACGGCGGUGACCCUCAAGCUGGCGGACAUCAAGUGCUACGGACACGUCCGCCAUUGCUUCUCCGUCACGUGGGACACGCACUCGGAGCUUGGAGUUGGACGGAUCCGGAUGAAGCUGGAGGAGGGUGCGGCGGCGGCGGCGGCGCUGCACGGCGCGGUUCUGCGCGCCCGGCUGAGGCUGCCCAGCCACGAGCUGGGGAAGGAGGACGACGCAGGAGACGUUGAAUGUCAAGCCGCUGGGUCCAAGUCAACCGAAAAUUGAAAUCAACCGGCCCCUCGGGCGACCGGGGAAAAGCAUUCCGUGAGGACAUUUAGCCAGAGCCGGCGUGCUGGCAAGGCCUGGCUAUGUGAAUUCAGACGAAAGCCUGUCGUGCAGGUGGGUGUAUCGCCCUACGUGGCUGUUAUUGUACGGCGUGUGGUGUCGUGGUUGUCUCGGCUAACUUGAUUUCUCGACACGCUCCGGACAGGCUCACGGAGUAACAUACACGCCGGGCCACGUAGAGCUUUGCCACCCGUACAGCCACACCGGCGACGUACAACUCUAUAGCUGGCUGGCUGUGCGACGACGACGACGACGAAGAGACGGCAGUGAUGACAGCGACGACAGCCUUGACCCGAGACCACCACGACAGCCCCAAACCCCCACUUGCCUCUCCCUUAUAUUUGCCCAGCGUGGCCACGCCCACCUCUGGAACUCUCUCGCUGGUUCCAGGAGCUUCCCAGUGAAUCCCCACCUUGAGCCUUGCCCCAGUUAACGUGCCCCUUGUGGGUUCGGCCGUUGUAUGACGCACCCGCACCUCUAGUUAACCCCCACAGUCAACAGGUUUUUCUUGGUUCUUUCAGUAAAGUCGUCACGUAGAAUGGAAGUAAUAAAAUAAUAAAAAUAAAACAUUAAUUAAUUCUCACGAAUUUCGGCCACAACGCAAGCAGCCGUCCUCAGGUGAAGAGGAACAGGUCUGUCGGGGGGCGUGGUGAGCAGUGUGCGCAGUGACAGGUGGCAAACCCCGUCACUGCGCACACAUUUUGUGAGGGAAUAAAAUGGGCGCCAAUAAACGUCAA